AUGGAUUUGCUUGCACGCAGUAUCUGCUUCUACCUACUUACCAUUUCUUCGUUUCUCUUCUCGCAAGCUAGGGCCGAAGGUACUGCUUCCGUCUUCUUCAUCGAUAGCUCCACCCAUCGAUUUCUUCGCAGCCCGUCCUCAAACGAUGUCGUCAAGCCUGACUCAAUGUUGCUCCCAGAAGUCAGUGCAGCAGUGUCGGUCUUGCUUGGAUUUGCACCACCUGCCACGCUCUCAGCUGCUGGUUCAGCUAAGUUGAAUGAGGUUCUCUUGCCUAAUCCAUUCAAUAGACCUCGUGCUGUUUUUGUGCUGGAAGUCAGAGGAAUUGAUGAUCCUAGUCUUGUAGUCAAAGAUAACGCCAUGUUCAGCAGCGCCUAUACCGCCAAGAUUGAUUUUGGCUCAAACAAAGCUGACAUUGAGCUUCCAGAUCAAGGUGAAGUCUCUGUGUUUUCUUUGGAUGAACAAUUGGCAGAUUAUACUGUCAAAGAGAUUGGCGAUUUUGCAUCUUGGAUGGGUGGUUCAUAUGUUGUUGAUACAUUGGAACCAUUAAAUGGAGAGUUGACCAUCCCUUUGGCCAAUGGUGACAACUUGAAGCUUCAUAUGUCAAAGGAGGCAGACAGGAUAUUCACAACUAGCCUUUUGUCUCUCAUCCGCAACUUUAGAAGUGCAAUGGAGAUGCAUCAAGAUUUGUCUCACAGUAUCCACAGCCCAGCUGAGUUAUUAACAGGCCGUUUUGAUCGAAUCAAGGUUUUGCAAGAGCAGUAUGGAACUGAAGGUGCUGCUCAUGGAGUGGAGCUGCUACUUGCUACACUGUCCAAGAUAUUUGACUCACUCGAUGAUGCAUACAAAGGUCAAAUUGUUGGAGCUAUCCUUUUCAAUGGAGUUGCACCUGUGGAGUCAGGGAAGAUGUUGAAUGUGAUGUUUACUUGUCAGCCAUCUCCUCGUUGGUUGGCUGAAAAAGAAGUCCCGAAAGAUACAAAGAUUGUGCAAGUGCUUUUGGUUAGACGUACACUUGCUUGGAUCACUGGAAUUAUUCUCAUCAUUUCAACUCUAUUGGGGUCACCAGGGAUACCCUACUGUACUCUAAUGUCAAGCUGGACUAAGCAUGAAAUGGAGCUACUUAUUCAAUGUUCCGAGUGCCUGGAAGAGGCCCAGGUUUCUCUAGCUAAUCAGAUGCUCUCUAUCACACUGAUGGCAUGA